UCGGAGAGGCCGAUAGACGGUGAGCUCCGAUGGAGGUGGCGAGGUUGAAGGGGAACAUCGGCAAACGGGCACCACUAGCGACCGCGGAUCACGCGGGAGGUUUCGUGGCUCCCCUCGCGCGUCCUCUCCCAAUGGCUGGACAGCGCGCGCUAAAUCACUUUUGGUUUAAGCACUCCCACCCUCUUCUCCUUUACUCCCCUCGCCUCGUUUCAGGGUUCCCCGCCCUGCUGCCUCCCCUUCGCCUCCGAAUCCUUCCUUACCUACUUCUUUAUCCGCCCUCCUCCUCCCUCGGAGAAGUUGCUUGAUGCGAACUGAUCCAAAAUGGGAACUUCCGUUAACAUUAUUAUGGAUUCUCAUGUGUGGGUUGAAGAUCCACAGUUGGCAUGGGUUGAUGGACAGGUCACUAAAAUUACUGGUGAAAACGCCGAGGUCCAGACUUCUAAUGGGAAAAAGGUUGUCACUACACUGUCAAAAAUGUAUCCAAAAGAUACGGAAGCCCCUCCUGGCGGGGUUGAUGACAUGACAAAACUAUCAUAUUUGCAUGAACCGGGAGUUCUGCAGAAUUUGUCCACAAGAUACCAACUGAAUGAAAUUUAUACUUACACAGGAAAUAUUCUAAUUGCUAUAAAUCCAUUUCAAAGGUUAAGCCAUCUAUAUGAUUCUCACAUGAUGACACAGUAUAAAGGGGCUCCAUUAGGCGAGCUAAGUCCUCAUGUGUUUGCAGUAGCAGAUGUGGCAUACAGGGCAAUGAUAAAUGAGACAAAGAGCAAUUCCAUUUUAGUUAGUGGUGAAAGUGGCGCUGGAAAAACUGAGACAACAAAGAUGCUUAUGCGCUAUCUAGCUUACUUGGGUGGACGUGCAGCCACUGAAGGCCGAACAGUGGAGCAGCAAGUUCUUGAAUCAAACCCAGUUCUUGAAGCAUUUGGCAAUGCAAAAACUGUGAGAAAUAAUAACUCAAGCCGUUUUGGCAAGUUUGUGGAGAUUCAGUUUGAUAAUAAAGGUAGAAUAUCUGGUGCUGCCAUCCGAACCUACCUUCUUGAGAGGUCAAGAGUAUGCCAGAUAUCUGAUCCAGAGCGUAACUAUCACUGCUUUUACCUUCUAUGUGCAGCACCAACAGAGGUGACUGAAAAGUACAAAUUAGGGAAACCAAAUACAUUUCAUUAUCUUAACCAAUCAAACUGUUAUGAAUUGGUUGGUGUGAAUGAUGCCUAUGAAUAUUUAGCCACUAGGAGGGCUAUGGAUAUUGUUGGAAUCAGUGCACAAGAACAGGAUGCCAUUUUUAGGGUUGUUGCAGCCAUUCUUCAUCUUGGAAAUAUUGUUUUUACCAAGGGACAAGAGAUAGAUUCAUCAGUUCCAAAGGAUGACAAAGCUAAGUUCCAUCUUAAGAUGGCUGCUGAGCUUCUAAUGUGUGAUGUUGAUGGUUUGCAAGAUGCAUUGUGUAAGCGUAUGAUGAUAACUCCUGAAGAAGUCAUUAAGAGGCCACUUGAUCCUCAAUCUGCAGCUGUCAGCAGGGAUGGCUUAGCUAAAACAAUAUAUUCUCGCUUAUUUGACUGGAUUGUUGAUAAAAUAAAUGUUUCAAUUGGACAAGAUCCAACUUCUAAGUCACUGAUUGGGGUCUUAGACAUCUAUGGGUUUGAAAGUUUUAAAACGAAUAGCUUUGAGCAAUUCUGUAUCAACUUCACAAAUGAGAAACUACAACAGCAUUUCAACCAACACGUUUUCAAGAUGGAGCAGGAAGAAUACACAAAAGAGGCAAUAGAUUGGAGUUACAUUGAAUUUGUUGAUAACACAGAUGUUCUGGAUCUUAUUGAGAAGAAACCUGGAGGUGUGAUUGCACUUCUUGAUGAAGCAUGUAUGUUUCCAAAAUCAACACAUGAAACCUUUGCGCAAAAACUUUACCAGACAUUUAAAACACACAAGCGCUUCAUCAAGCCCAAGCUUUCACGCACUGAUUUUGCUAUUAAUCAUUAUGCUGGAGAGGUUUUAUAUCAAUCUGAUCAGUUCCUGGACAAAAACAAGGAUUAUGUUGUUGCAGAACACCAAGAUUUGUUGAGUGCUUCAAAAUGCUCAUUUGUUUCAGGACUUUUUCCUUCUCUGCCUGAGGAGACAAGCAAGUCUUCUAAAUUUUCAUCAAUUGGUUCUCGAUUUAAGCUACAACUGCAGGCUUUGAUGGAAACAUUAAAUUCCACAGAACCCCAUUACAUCAGAUGUGUGAAGCCAAACAACCUUUUAAAGCCUGCCAUAUUUGAGAAUGUCAAUGUCAUGCAACAAUUACGCUGUGGUGGUGUUCUUGAGGCUAUAAGGAUCAGCUGUGCUGGAUUUCCUACACGUCGUAUAUUCUAUGAAUUUUUGCACCGUUUUGGUGUACUUGCUCCAGAAACUUUACUUGGGAACGAUGAAAAGACAGCUUGCAGGAAAAUUCUAGAAAGUAAAGGGUUGAAAGGAUUUCAAAUAGGUAAAACAAAAGUUUUCCUUAGAGCUGGUCAGAUGGCAGAGUUAGAUGCUCUACGAGCUGAAGUGCUUAACAGAGCAGCAAAGACUAUCCAAAAUCAAAUACGAACACAUAUUUUGCGGAAGCAAUUUAUUGCUUUACGGAAGGCUACCAUUCACGUGCAAUCAUUGUGGAGAAGAAGAUUGGCUCGUAAGUUGUAUGAGCACAUGAGAAGGGAGAAUGCAGCAAUUAUAGUUCAGAAAAAUUUGUGGCGAUAUAAUGCUAAGAACGCUUACAAAAAGCUGAAACAUUCAGUUCUGAUCCUACAAACUGGUUUUAGAUUUUUGGCUGCUCGUAAUGAGUUUAGAUUUAGGAGGCAAACAAAGGCAGCCACUAUUAUUCAGGCUCAAUGGCGUUGUUAUAGAGCUCAUUCAUACCACAAGAGGCUGAAGAGAGCAGCAAUUGUCACCCAGUGUCGAUGGAGGGGAAGAGUUGCAAGAAAAGAGCUUAGGAAGCUAAAAAUGGCUGCAAGAGAAACAGGUGCUCUCAAGGAAGCAAAGGAUAAACUUGAAAAGGCAGUAGAAGAUCUUACAUGGCGUUUGCAGUUGGAAAAACGUUUGCGGACAGAUUUAGAGGAAGCUAAAGGACAAGAGAUUGCAAAAUUACAAAACACUUUGCAAGAUCUGCAAAGUAAAUUAGAUGAGACAGCUGCAAUGCUUGUCAAGGAACGAGAGGCUGCUAGGAAGGCUAUUGAAGAAGCACCUCCUGUUGUCAAGGAAACUACUGUGCUUGUGCAAGAUACUGAGAAGAUUGAUUCCUUGACAGCUGAGGUGGAGAAUUUGAAGGCCUCGUUACAGUCUGAAAAACAAAGAGCUGAUGAUGCUGAAAUCAAAUACACUGAAGAUCAUCAAGUUAGUGAAGAAAGAAAGAAGAAGUUACUUGAAGAGGAAGGAAAGAGACUUCAACUAAAAGAAACUGCGCACAGGCUUGAAGAGAAGCUAGCAAACGUGGAGUCAGAAAAUAAGGUAUUGCGUCAGCAGGCUUUAUCCAUGGCACCCAAUAGAUUGUUAUCUGGGCGUUCAAAAUCGAUACUUCAGAGGAAUUCUGAAAAUGGUCAUGCAAUCAAUGGGGAGACUAGAACUAUCUCAGAUUCCCUAAGUGCAUCAUUUAACAUGAGGGAGAGUUCUGAAAUAGAGGAUAAGCCACAGAGAAACCUCAAUGAGAAACAACAGGAAAAUCAAGAGUUAUUGAUUAGGUGUAUUGCACAAGACUUGGGAUUUGCAGGGAACAGACCUGUUGCUGCUUCUAUUACUUAUAAAUGCCUUCUGCAAUGGCGAUCAUUUGAAGUGGAGCGGACAAGUGUCUUUGAUCGUAUUAUUCAGACAAUUGGUCAUGCUAUUGAGACUCAGGAUAAUAAUGAGAUAUUGGCAUAUUGGCUUUCCAAUUCUUCAAUGUUAUUGUUGCUUCUCCAACGCACCCUGAAAGCAAGUGGUGCAGCAGGCAUGACACCCCAACGUCGCCGCUCAUCAUCAGCUACUCUUUUUGGGAGGAUGACUCAAAGUUUCAGGGGUACACCACAAGGUGUGAACCUUGCCUUAAUUAAUGGGAGUUUGACAAGUGGAGUAGAUAAAUUACGCCAAGUUGAAGCAAAGUAUCCUGCUCUAUUAUUCAAGCAACAACUAACUGCCUAUGUGGAGAAAAUAUAUGGAAUGAUCCGGGAUAAUUUGAAGAAAGAGAUAUCUCCAUUGCUUGGUUUUUGCAUUCAGGCCCCUCGAACAUCAAGAGCUAGUCUAGUCAAAGGGUCUUCUCGUUCACCUGGAACUGCUGCUGCACAGCAAACAUUGAUUGCUCACUGGCAAGGGAUCGUCAAGAGUCUUGACAAUUUCUUGAACACAUUGAAAUCAAAUCAUGUGCCUCCAUUCUUAGUUCGGAAGGUCUUUACACAGAUAUUCUCGUUUAUAAAUGUUCAAUUAUUUAACAGUCUUCUUUUGAGGAGAGAAUGUUGCUCAUUUAGUAAUGGUGAGUAUGUUAAAGCAGGAUUAGCUGAACUGGAACAUUGGUGCUACAAAGCAACUGAUGAGUAUGCAGGUUCGUCGUGGGAUGAACUAAAGCAUAUAAGACAGGCUAUUGGGUUCCUGGUCAUCCAUCAAAAGCCAAAGAAGACCUUGGAUGAAAUUAGCCAUGACCUUUGUCCUGUACUUGGUGUGCAACAAUUAUACCGGAUAAGUACAAUGUAUUGGGACGAUAAAUAUGGAACACACAGUGUGUCUCCCGAGGUUAUAUCAAGUAUGAGGAUGCUGAUGGCUGAAGAGUCGAACAAUUCUGUGAGCAACUCAUUCUUAUUAGAUGAUGAUUCGAGCAUACCAUUUUCAGUUGAUGACAUAUCAAAGUCAAUGAAACCAAUUGACAUUUCUGAUAUCGAGCCGCCACCGCUUAUUAGAGAGAACUCAGGUUUCAUGUUCUUAUUACCUCGCAUUGAUUGAGAAUCGAAGCCAUUUAUCUUUAUUCAUCUUCAAUUUUGUGGGUUAUUUGAGUUGCUCCUUGAGGUUCCAAUGAUCAGCCGCUUCAAAAAUUUUCAAGCUUGCAAGAUUAUCGUUCUUAGUGCUAAUGAUCUAGUGGUUUUAGACUCAAUUGGCUCAACUUCACCGAAGAAAGCUGCUACUGCUGUUUAUUUUAUUUCAAGGGGCCAAUUUGUUAGGGUAUCUUGUAUGUAACUAUGUAUAUUUGUCUUACUAGAAACGACAGACACUACCAUUACAUUCUUUUAUUUUCCACUCAAUUUUUACCUCUCUUUAUAUCCGUGAGACUGACUCUAGGGGUGCUGAUAUGGCGGUUUUUUUUUUUUUCCACUCAACUGAAGUAUUCAUCUUGAACUGCUAAUCUUAUAUUAAUUAAAGGAUUUA